AUGUCCACCAUUGCCUCUUCCCGCAACCCUCCCGCUCCGCUGCGCCGCACGCCCUCCGGCACGCCCACGUCGUCCGCCCGUCCCUCGUCCGACAUCUCUCGGUCAACCGUGACGUCUCCCGUCCUUGGCGCAUCUCAGCCUCCCACAGGUGCCAAACGCUCCAGCAACCGAGCUGCCCUCCGCGAAUACUACAACCUCCGUGCAGCUGCGGCUGCUGGCUCUUCUCCUACAACUCCGCGCAUCAUUGAGGCCUCUGAUUCGGAAGUGCCCGCAAGCGAGAUUGACGCGCCAGACUUCAACUUGGAUGAAUACCUUCAGAGGAUCGUUGCAGAGAGCAGCUUACAGGAUCUAUUAAAGCUCUACACGAGAGUGCUGGGUGAAGUUAGAGCAUUGGACGCAGAGAAGAAGGCUCUCGUAUAUGACAACUACAGCAAACUCAUCACCGCAACGGAAACAAUUCGAAAGAUGCGAGCGAGUAUGGAUCCCCUGAAUCCCAUGGCUACAACACUCGACCCAGCCAUUGCACACAUCUACAGCCAAGCUUCAGCCAUACAAGAGUCAAUGCGGAAAUCGGUGCCUUCCCCGGAUUCAGAGGAGGGCAAGACUCGGGAAGCACAACAGCAACGCCAACGAACGAGACAGCUGGCCAUUGAAGUGCUUGCCACUCCGGAGAGGCUGCAAGCCCUGGUGAAGGAGGGCAGAUUUGAGGAGGCGAGAAGACAGUGGGAGAUGCCACGGAAAUUGCUGGAGGCUUGGAAGGAGAAGGGAGUGGGCGGAGACGACGUACAGGCAUGCAUUGACGAAGGCGAUGCAGCCAUUGCUUUGACGCGAACGAGAUCGCCAGUACCGGAAGCAAGGGCGCCAAACGACGGGCGGCGAUAUGGCCCAUUGCAAUCUAACAUGCCACCUGCCAUGAAGCAAUGA